AUGUUUGCGGGAGCGGCCCAAACCAACCCGACAAGUUUCAACGUGUGCGGCAACGCGUUCUACGACGCUUCGGGCGUUGAAUGGUAUGGCGCGAGCUUCAUUGUCACGAGCUCAAGCGGAGCUUCCUGCAUAAGCACCACCAAUCCAAUCGUCACCACUCCCUCCAGUUGCCCUGCUCCUAACUGCAUCGAGUCCGAGCUGCAGGAGAUGCUACAAAUUUCGCAGAUGGGUGUCAAUCUGACAUACAAUUACAUCAACAUCGGGUCCAAUAUUGGCAGGUUAGACACCAACUUUCAGGUCACGCUAUAUUUUGCAGAGUACGUUGCCACAGCUGUGGGCCAGAGGGUCUUUGACAUAGUAAUCAACGGCGCCACCGUGGCGACUGAUGUUGACAUAUUUGCUCUGGCGGGCGGUCAGGACAAAGCCGUGUCCUUGAGUUUUGUGGUCAACUCAGGUUCCAUUUUAUACUUUGACAUCUUUCUCCCCACCAAGGUGGGCACCGGCAGCAUUUUUGCUGGCGUGAGCUUUGGCUGGGCCACAAAAACAAGCAUCAGCUACAUGCCACUCAGCGGUGCCAUUUGGGGUGAACCCAUCACCCUGCAAGCCAUCAUUUCCUCCCUCAACCCAAGCCUGGGGAAUAUCACUGAAGGCGCCGUCUUUUUCUAUAUCGAUGGAACGACCAUUAUUGGCGGCUCGGGGGUUGUAGACAACCACCCCUGCGCCAACAACAGCCACCCCUGCGCCUACAUCAACCACCCCUGCGCCCACAACAACCACCCCUGCGCCUACAUCAACCACCCCUGUCACCAGCACUCCAACGCCCUCAACCACCCCCACCACAACCACCUCAAACCCCCCUACAACCACCGCGAGCCCUACCACAACCCCUACAAACCCUACAUCAACUCCCCUGGCUUCUUCGACGCCCCCGCCCACGACUGGAAAAGUGGUUACCACACUGACAGCGGACUUCAGCCCAAACCCGCCGCUGCCGGGUCAGCCGCUCACAAUCAGCGGAGAGGCAAUUGCUUCCAGUGGCCCGGCCCCGACCGGCAAUCUACCCAAGUGACCGGCAGCCGCCGGCGGCUGCUGACAUCUUCGUCCCCCUUUUCCAUCACCAUUAUCGCCCCCAGCAGCCCCGGAGUCCACAUCAUCACAGUUGUCUUCUUCCCAACUUCUGGAGGCAGCGGCGGCGGAGUCGCGCCCGUAGUGGCGCCCGUAACGGUCACUGUCAACGUGGAAGGACCUGAGGCGAAUGUGGCUCUCGCGAUCUCAAGCCCUGCGCUGCAAUUCCCCUCCUGUACAGACCCUGUGAGGGUGGUUGCAUCGGUGACGGGCCUCAAUAACACGGCGGCCCCCACCGGAGCUGUAAUCCUAUCCAUCUCCGGCCUCAAAUCCCCUGUCGCCGGCGCAACUCCCCUCAGCGUGACCCUAGCAUCGGCCAACAUCACAGGAGGAGCGGCGGAAUUCGUACUGCACCCGCGCAGCCACACAGCAGCUGCCAUGCAAAAGUCUUCCAGCACCAAGCUGCUGCCGGGAAGCUACCAGCUGACAGCAGCCUAUUCUGGCAAUGCCUUGUAUGGCCCAGCCACUGGCAGUGCCAGCCUGGACAUUGGUGCCACCUGUCCAUUAGUCAGCCUCUCGGCCUGA